AUGGAUCAUCUUGACGACGAGUCGUUCUUGGACGCGCUCAUGUCGCUCCGGGGAGAGGCGGUGCCGCCGCCGACGACGACCAUGAGGGCGCCGUGGCAAGCGUACCCGUCGCCGGCUGGCGGCAUGAUGCCGAGCGACCUCCUCUUCUAUGGAAGCGAGGGCGCCGCCGAAGCGAGGAGGAACCACGACGUGCCGGCGCCGUUCCAGGACCUGCUUGCUCCCGUGCCGCCGGCCGCGCCUCCGCACCCGCACGCGCGGGACGAGUUCAACUUCGACUGCUUGAGUGAAGUGUGCAACCCAUACAAGAGCUGCGUCGGAGGCGUUUCGUUGCAGGUCGACGCGCCUGGCCAGGCGUUUGGUCAUCCCCUCCACGACGCCAUGGAGGAGGACGGCACCAGCGGCGAUAAGCUGCAUCCCGGUGGUGGGUCGUCGUCCUCACAGACGGUGUUCAUGUUCGGAGGUGGAGGCCAUGGGGAGAUGACCGGCAUGGUCAGAGGCGUCUCAGACACCCACCCUAGAAGCAAGCAUCUCCACGGCGGAGGUCCGUCGAAGAACCUCAUGGCCGAGAGGCGGCGGCGGAAGCGGCUCAACGACCGCCUCUCCAUGCUCCGCUCCAUCGUCCCCAAGAUUAGCAAGAUGGAUAGGACUUCGAUUCUCGGGGACACCAUAGACUACGUGAAGGAGCUCACGGAGCGAAUCAAAACACUUGAGGAGGAAAUCGGCGCCACGCCCGAGGAGCUGAACCUUCUGAACGCAGGGAAGAAUUUCUCCGGCGAUAGCAACGACGACGUGCCGAUGAGGAAUUCCACCAAGUUUGCCGUCGAAAAGAGGGGCGACGGCGGCACGAGCAUCGACAUCUUCUGCGCGACAAGCCCUGGCGUGCUGCUCUCGACGGUGAGCGCACUGGAGGUGCUGGGGCUGGAGAUCGAGCAAUGCGUCGUCAGCUGCUUCAGUGACUUCGGCAUGCAAGCGUCCUGCUCACAGGAGGAAGGGAAGAGGCAAGUGGUAAGCACCGACGCGAUCAAGCAGGCAGUGUACAGGAGUGCGGGCUAUGGCGGAACGUGUCUCUAGCUAGCUAGAGAUCGACCCCGUCAAUUCAUCAAGCAUGAAGAGCAAUCUGUUCAUAAUCGUCGAUGACUGUGAGUUGAGUGCUUGGUUUGCAUAUAUUUGCGUGAACUUUUAUUGAGACAUCUAGUUAAUUGCAUGAUUUAAUGUAGAGUGUUCAUCUUAAUGAAGAGACGUGAGUAAGUUCACAUGUCGUUGUUAUCAUGUAGAGUGUUCAUCUGUUGAAGAUACAUUUUUAUGUGUUACAGUAAGUUCACCUGUUGUACCGGAUUGUAAUCGUUGAUUCGUAGGGUGUGUCUCUGUGUGUGAUGCAUGUAUUGAGUGGAGUAUUGGAUUUGGCCGACAUUGAAAGAUACCGAUUGUUGCUGUUUUUGGUUGCA